AUGCCUACCUUGGACGCUCCUGAAGAGCGACUGAGAAAGUUUAAGUACCGAGGCAAAGAUGCAUCUGUGAGGCGACAGCAGAGGAUGACCAUCAGCCUGGAGCUCCGAAAAGCCAAGAAAGAUGAGCAGGUCUUAAAGAGAAGGAAUAUCAAUGAUGUCUCCCCUGAACCAGCUUCUGAAAAACCAACGAAAGGGGUAGCUGUCAGCCUCUCUCUGGACGAAAUAAUCAAAGGUAUGAACAGCUCGGAUCCAGUUGUAUGUUUCCAGGCCACACAGGCAGCCAGGAAAAUGCUGUCCCGGGAACGGAACCCUCCUCUAAACUCCUUUGUUGAAGCAGGGCUCAUUCCAAGGCUGGUGGAGUUCCUGAAGUCAUCUCUUCACCCCUACCUGCAGUUUGAGGCAGCCUGGGCUCUGACCAACAUUGCUUCUGGGACUCCAGAGCAGACCCAAGCCGUGGUGGAAGCGGGUGCCAUCCUGCCCUUGAUCGACCUCCUGUCUUCCCCGCACAUGACUGUGUGCGAGCAGGCUGUGUGGGCCCUCGGUAACAUCGCCGGUGAUGGUCCAAAACUCAGAGAUAUCGUUAUCUCCAGCAAUGCCAUCCCACAUCUGCUGACCCUGGUUUCGUCAACCAUACCAAUCACAUUUCUGCGGAAUAUCACGUGGACCUUGUCCAACCUGUGCCGGAACAAGAACCCAUAUCCUUGCAAAGAAGCGGUGAGGCAAAUGCUGCCUGUCCUGUCCUACCUGCUGCGGCAUCAUGACAGUGAGAUUCUCUCGGACACCUGCUGGGCUCUGUCCUACCUUACCGAUGGCUGCAAUGAGCGCAUCGGUCAAGUGGUCAACACUGGGGUUCUGCCCAGGCUGGUAGACCUCAUGACCAGCUCGGAACUCAAUGUCUUGACCCCUUCUCUCCGCACCAUGGGGAAUGUUGUCACGGGAACAGAUUACCAGACCCAGCUGGCCAUCAGUGCGGGCUUGCUGAGUGUGCUGCCCCAGCUGCUGAAGCACCCCAAGACCUCCAUCCAGAAGGAAGCAGCCUGGACCCUGAGCAACAUUGCUGCCGGGCCCCACCAGCACAUCCAGCAGCUGAUUGCUUUCAACAUGCUGCCGCCUUUGGUGGAUCUACUGAAGAAUGGAGAAUUCAAAGUUCAGAAAGAGGCUGUGUGGACAGUGGCUAACUUUGCAACGGGCGCCACCGUGGACCAGUUGUUUGUGCUUGUGCACUCGGGAGUCUUGGGGCCACUGUUGCCUCUGCUCAGUGCCCCAGAUGUGAGGACUGUUCUCAUCAUUCUGGAUGUCCUCUCUUACAUCCUCCAGACGGCAGAGAAACUGGGUGAGAAGGAAAGCCUGUGCCUUCUGAUAGAAGAGCUGGGCGGGAUCGAUAGGAUCGAGGCUUUACAGCUGCACGAGAACCGUCAGAUUAGCCAGGCUGCUCUGAACAUCAUCGAGAAACACUUUGGUGAGGAAGAAGAGGACAUAAUUUUCCCGGUCCUGAACCAAGAAUGUGAAUGCAUGAUGAAUGCAAUGAAAAAAUAGCAGUACUUCCUCCACAAGUCCUAAAGCCCAU